UUUAAAGAAGUAUGAUCCAAACCUCAAAUUUGUUAUGUCAUUUGGAGGUUGGACUUUUAGCACAACUACCACGCUCUUUCAAAAUAUGACUUCAAGCAAACAGAAUCGAGAAAAGUUUAUCAAAUCAUCAAUUGCUUUUGUUAGGAAACAUGGUUUUGAUGGAAUAGACUUAGAUAACGAAUAUCCAGAUUCAAAAGAAAAUUUUAAUUUACUUUUGGAGGAAUUUCAUUUGGCAUCUUGUAAUGAAAAGAAUGUAAAAAAUAAAUUAAUAAUUACUGCAGCAGUUGCAGCUGGAAUUGAUAUUGUAAAGAAAUCUUAUGAUAUAGCGACAAUGGCAAAAUACGUUGAUUUCAUUAAUCUUAUGACUUAUGACUUCCAUAUAACUUCUGAGAACAAAACUGGAUACAACUCUCCUUUAAGAACUAAUGACUCUUUGAAUAUUAUCGAUGCUGCAAAUUAUUGGGUUCGCGGUGGAAUGCCCAGAAAUAAAAUAAUUAUUGGAUUUCCUACUUAUGCUCAUGGAUUCAAGUUGGCAAAUCCCAAUAGUAAGGACCUAAGUGUUGGUGCCCUCGCAUCUGGUCCUGCUAAUGCGACAGAAUUUGCUCAAGAACCUGGAGUUGCAGCUUAUUAUGAGAUUUGCGAAAUGUUAGCAAAGGGUGCAAAGGAUUUUUAUGAUCCAAAUGCUCUAGUUCCUUAUCUCUAUCAAAAUGGUGAAUGGUUUAGUUAUGAUAAUCAACGAAGCUACAUAGAAAAAAUAAAAUGGUUAAGUAGCCAAGGAUUUGGAGGAGCUUUUGUUUGGGCCUUGGAUUUUGAUGAUUUUAAUGGAAAAUGUCCGGGAAGUAAAUAUGGCAUCUAUCCUUUAAUUGGAACUAUUGCCAAAUUAUUGGGUCAAGUUAAACAUGAAUUGGUUUCAGUUUCGGAAAUUAUGAAGGUAAAAUUAGGAAAAAUAUAUAGCGAAUAA